UGCAAAUCCUAGCGUAGCAUGGCCUCAUGGCCUCACCGUGCUGGUGACAAAUGCCACGAAUGCCAAGAGCUCUCCGUGGCAGGCCGACAAGGCCGACACCUAAGGCAAAAUGUUCAACAGCCGCGGGCCGCUUUGGCCGCUUUGCGCAGCUGGAUUCCGGCUUGGGCUGUCGAAGCAGCCAGCUGCAGUUGCUCUUGUACAGAUUCGCUAGAGCCGCUAGAGACAGGGAUGUGAAGCCCGCAGAUUUGGUGGCCCUUGGGACGAGACGCUUCAGACCACGGCAGUUCUUCCGAGCCCUUGACACCUUGCUGGAAGUUCAAGCCCCCUUGUCCUCCCUCACUUCAAUGGUGAGGCAAAAGCGCUACACAGAGGUGCUCUUGCAGCAUCCGCUCUUCCUGAUCACUGCUUUGGGGCGCAUUCGCACGGACAUCCGGAAGCCAGAAGGCGAAUAUUCGGGAGCUUCCUUCUUGGGCAGUGUUGCCCAGUUCCUGCAGCAGAUCGCGUGCUUGUUGGCGGAACGCACAAGCAGCUUCGGCAAUGCUGUGUCUCGUCCUCUUAUAUGUGGUUUGUUUGCAUCGUUUCAUGCGUUUGCUUCUCAGCUCAGGCCUUGCCCUUGUUUGUUGCGCUGGCUAGCAGCGGUGGCAGAACGUCGUUUCGGAGGCUGGGCGAUGAACAGCUGGAGAAGCUCAUCCAGAGCGUGACUGGCACGGACUUGGAGACGGUGAGGCUGUCUGCGAACGAAGCGGCUGACAUGUUCUGUGCCCUGCACCGGGUGAGUUAUCGAAACCCUGCUUUGAUGUUUAAGCUUACCCGCCACAUCUGCGACCACGUCGAGCUCCUUGCGGCGGCGCAGCUGCCCAAAGUGGCCCGUGUUCUGGGCAGGGGCGAUGUCCAUGAAGAGUACGUGCUGCUGCACGCGAUCGCCCGCCGCGUGGGCGCUGCGGCUGAAGUUCCUGAAGGGAGUGCGGGGCAUCUGGAAAACGCCCAGGCGGCAGCGCUGCUGGUGAACGUCUGCAGCAAGUGGGAAAUCUUCGACGAGGAAUUUCUGACGGUGGCGGCAGCUGCUCUCCGAGCGGGGACGGCGCAGCUCGCAGUUGGCCAGAUCUGCGAGGUGAUUUAUUCCGUCAGCGCCUUUCUGACGAGGGACGCAAUGCCAUUGGAGGAUUUCUGUAGCGAGCUGAAGCAGAGGAUCCAUGAAAUGAAUGAAAUCGACACUGUGCGCCUGUUGCGCGGACUGCAGAAGCUGCGGUACCAUGAUGAGGCAUUGAUGGAGGCCGUGGCAACCAUCAUUCUGGAGGCCAAAGCUCGCCUUCAGCCUAUCAGCCUGUGUAAUUUGGUGUCGGUUCUGGCCUACUUUGGAACUUCGGAUGAGUUGGUCAUGGCUCUGCUGAAGACUGCGAUCGCGAACAAGUUGCCGGCCAUGUCCGUCCAGCACAUCCUCACCGCGCUGUGCCGUUUGCAGGGACGGGUCUCGGGUGAAAGGCUGGAGGUCCAGGUGCGCAAGCUGUGCGCGCACAUCUCGAGCUGCAGCUUCACCCCGGUCCAGGCCAUGAGCUCCUUGGCAGCGAUGGCGAAGCUCCAGCACCGCGACCUGGCCGUGGCCUCGGUGCUCGCUUCCAUUUUGUCCGGGGGGCAAAGCUACUGGCGCUGGGCAAAGUCCCCGCAUUUCUUCCGGAGUGUCGCUGUCAAAGUGCCCUUCAAGCAGCAGAGGUGCCGCCGCCUGCUCGAGGGUAUGGAAAGCUCUCACUGUGUAGACAUCCUGCAGAGCCUUUCCUCUCUGGAGUUGAGCAGCAGGCUGACUGUUCACUUAACAUCUAUUCUGUGCAGCAUUCUGGCGCCGCAGCUACACGAAUUAAGAGCAAAGGAAGUCUUGGUGGUAGCGCGAGCAUUCAGUGCGGAGCGCAUGCCUGAUGCUUGUUUUCACAGGGAUGCCUGGCUGUGGCGAGAACGAGCGCUGGAUCUGUGCUUGCAAAGCUUGCGGCGGCAUGAGAGCUUUCUUGACAGCUCCUGGGCCAGCUUGCUUCCGCUUAAGCUGCUGUGCUUGCAAGUCAACACUGGCACCUUUGGAACGCGCCCGCUGAAUCAGUUUCUCAGUCCCACGCUCUUCAGCUUUGUGGAGCGGUUGCGAUGCCUUACGGAGGACGAAUGCGAAGCAAAUCGACUGCGCCGCGAAGGCGAGGAUGACGAGGAGAACGAGGCUCCGGCGACCUUGGAGGAACCUGAAAUCUUCCAGGGCCCCAUCUACCGCAUUCUCUUGGGCGCUACGCUGCAAAGCUUUCCAGUGGAUAUUCUCUUGGAAGCGCGCCAUACCAGGAUGCAGACGG